CAGAAAUUUCUCACAGCUCACAGGUACUAUAGAAAGGCUUCCUUGGACGCUUCAAUGGCGGCUUCUACUUCUUUCCUCACUAACAUUUAAAUUUCUCCCUCUAAAGUCCUUAUCCUUACCCCGCGUACACGCUACACCAGAGUGGCCCACUUCGACUUUUCCGUUUUCCCCACUCCAAAACCGCGUUUCCCCUAACGUCAAUCCGCCAUUAAUACCCUAACAAAACCUUGCAACGUCGAAGAGAAGAAGACAACUAUGGCUUCUGGAGCUGGAACCAUCCUUUUCAAAGUACUCGUUUUCUCCGCCAUCGCCGCCGUAUCCGUAGCUCAGACACCACCGCGGUUCAACUGCAGCUCCACCUCAAAAUGCCACUCUCUGAUCGACUACAUUCCCCCAAACGCCACCACCAUCGCCGCCGUACAAAGCCUUUUCCAGGUCAAACACCUCCUCUCAUUUCUCGGCGCCAACAACCUUCCGACCAACACCCCGUCGAGUUUUCCCUUACCGGCGUCUAGGAAGAUCAAGAUUCCGUUCAACUGCAAUUGCGUCAACGGGACUGGUCUCUCCGAUAAGCGUCCGAUUUACAAAGUCAAGAGCGGCGAUUCGCUCGACAAAAUAGCGGAAGUCACUUUCGCGAGACUUGUCACGUUCCAGCAAAUCGCGUCAGCAAAUGGACUUCCGGAUCCGAGUAAAAUUGAGCUAGGGCAAGAGCUGUGGAUUCCUCUGCCGUGUAGCUGCGAUGAAGUGGAUGGAAACAGAGUAGUCCAUUACGGACAUUUGGUGGAAACUGGAAGCACCGUAUCGGCGAUUGCCGGAAGGUUUAAUGUCUCGGAGGAGACGAUCUUGAAGCUGAAUGGAAUUGCAGAUGCAAGAACUCUUCAAGCUUCUCAAGUUCUUGACAUUCCUCUUAGAGCUUGUUCAUCAGCGAUCAGGGAAGACUCUUUAGACUUCCCAUUCCUUCUCUCAAACGAUACGUACGAUUACACGGCCAACAACUGUGUGUUGUGUCAGUGUGAUGCUGCAAAAAACUGGAUUCUUGACUGUAAGCCAUCACAGUUGAAGGCAUCCUCAAUGAAAUUAUCGAAUUGGUCAUCAUGCCCAGCCAUGGCAUGUGAAGGCAACAAUUUUCUCCUUGGUAACUCAACAUCUUCUGGUUGCGACUCCACUACUUGUGCCUAUGCUGGUUUCUCUAAACAAACCAUCUUCACAAAUAUUUCCACUCUCAACACUUGCCCUUGGCCUGAAGAUAACGGAAACGGCGCUUCGAGGAUGGGUUCACAAGGUUUGAAUUUGGCCUAUCUCGUCGCCUUUACACAUGUACUGGCUUUUGGUCUUCUUCUCAUUCAGUAAGAAGUAUAAUUUCCUUCUUGUAUGCUGCUGUAGAGAGAGAAUCACAAUGUACGUAGAUUCUUAAUGUUCUGUAUUUAUCACAGAAUAGCCAUCUUUGUUUUCUUUUUUUUUUUUCCCUCGUUUUUAACGUUAAUAAGUCGAUUUGAAAUAAAUCUCUUCGUGGCCGGAAAUCGUGAAAAUGGAUGAACUGUAUUAGAAGAGAUGUAUGAUAUGGAUGUGAAUUUGAUUUUGAUCUGUAAUGUUGAACAAUUUUAAGUGCAGUUGAUGAUUGUAAUUUGUUGUGCCAUAAGUUUGUGGUAAGAAUCUUGUUGUAGGAAUGAGAAUGAGGCUAAAUAAAUA